AUUCUACUGUAAGUCACCUGUAUCUACUUGGGGGCGUAGAGGACGAAAGGGUCGAAGACAGGCUCGAAAGGCUAAAGCUUGCACAAGUUUGGGAAUAGAUUAGAUUAGAUUCAACUCUUAAGAUAAGAUAAAAAUCGAUCUCAAUGCAAGAAUUGAGCAUCAGAGGAGUCAGACGAGCACUAUCACUUACCUCUGUACCUUAUCCUGCUAUAUUCAUGCCUCCCAAGGCAGCACUCUCUGCGGAAAUUGCAGAACUCAUAGAACUCUUCAAGUCGAUCGGCCUCACUCAAUCUAAGGCUGCCGAAGCAGCAAAGAGUCCAAAGAGUGCUUCGACACUCAAAGACAUUAUCCAAAAGCAUGGCCUUAUUGAGAAGAACCUAGAGGAGAAGCAGGCCGUGCUUCUGGCCACACUUGCCGUUCAGGGAGCAAAACUAGGCGACGUAGAACGUGGAUAUGCAGUAGAUGCCAUCUUGGACGGUAGACUGAAGAGUACCGACCAAGUCUCAGCUGCUGUCAAAUACCUUGAAGCACACCCUCUGCCUAUCGACCAGUCAGACUUUGAUAAAUCAUGCGGCGUAGGUAAAAGCUUCACUAUCACCCCAGCUGACAUUGCUGCCCAGGUUUCGAGUUACAUUUCAUCGGCUGCAGUCUCGGGUUGGGCUAACCUCGGUGCUGUGAUUGGAGGCCUUAAGAACUCCCCAGAGCUUCGUUGGGCCAAUCCUCUUGAGGUGAAGAACGCUGUAGAGACCGCAUUCACCGAGAGGUUUGGCACAAAGGAAACCGCGAAAUCCAAGGGCAAGGAACCGAAGAAGGAACCUGCCUCGAAACCUGCACAAAAAUCUGAGGGGUCCAAUGCCACUGCAUCAACAUCGAGAUCCGUCUUCACAGAAGGUUUCCUCGGUCACCUCCACAAAGUUGGCGAAAACCCUCAAAUUCACCCUCACCUCCGAGAAGCCCAUGUCAAAGCUACGGGUGGCCUUGUACACACACGAUUCCCGCCAGAACCCAAUGGGUUCCUUCAUAUUGGUCAUUCGAAAGCCAUCUUUGUGAAUUUUGGAUAUGCCGCACACCACAACGGGAGGUGUUAUCUUCGAUUCGAUGAUACCAACCCCGAGGCGGAAGAGGCACGAUACUUUGAGAGUAUCUUGGAGUCCGUCAGAUGGCUAGGUUUCGAACCUUGGAAGAUCACCUAUUCGAGUGAUUAUUUCGAUCAACUCCAUGAGUUGGCUGUCGACUUGAUCAAGCGGGAUAAGGGCUAUAUCUGCCAUUGUACUGCCGAGGAGAUCUUCGCAAACAGAGGAGGUGAGGAACGAGGACCCAGAAAAGCUUGUGCUCACCGCAGUCGACCGAUAUCUGAAUCACUGGAGGAGUUCGAGAAGAUGAGAACGGGUCACUAUAAGCCUGGUGAAGCCAUUCUGCGAAUGAAACAGGAUCUCGAGUCGGGCAAUACCAUGAUGUGGGAUCUGGUCGCAUAUCGAGUCCUCAACGCUCCCCACCAUCGUACGCACGACAAGUGGAAGAUCUACCCAACAUAUGAUUUCACUCACUGUCUGUGCGAUAGUUUCGAGAAUAUCACGCAUUCGCUGUGUACGACUGAGUUCAUCGCCUCACGAGAGUCAUACGAGUGGCUAUGUGAUGCGCUUGAGGUCUACAAGCCCAAACAAUCUGAGUAUGGUCGCCUCAAUCUCACUGGCACUAUCAUGUCAAAAAGGAAGAUCCUACAGCUCGUAAAGGAGGGCCACGUACUCGACUGGGAUGAUCCUAGACUAUACACCCUCAUCGCACUUCGGAGGCGUGGUGUGCCUCCUGGCGCUAUCAUUUCCUUCGUCAGCGGUCUUGGCAUCUCCACAGCUGCUUCUAACAUCCAAACUAUUCGUUUCGAGCAAGCUGUUAGACAGUAUCUCGAGGGCUCUGCACCUCGCCUUCUGAUGGUUCUCAAACCACUCAAAGUGACGAUUGAGAACCUACCUGAGGAUUAUCUGUUUUGGCUGGAGAAGCCUUUGCAUCCUAAGGUUCCCGAGUUGGGUACUUCGAAGGUGCCAUUCACUCGCACCAUUUACAUCGAUGCAGAUGAUUUCCGUCUAGAGGACUCACCAGACUACUUCCGUCUCGCUCCAGGCAAGACAGUUGGCCUGUUCCAAGCUCCUCAUCCCAUUACAUGCACCUCAUACAAGACCGAUCCCGUCACUGGACAAGUCACCGAGUUGAUAUGCCGAUUGGAGAACGAGGGCCCUGCGGCUACGAAGAAGCCCAAAGCAUUCAUCCAGUGGGUUGCAGAACACGCCCCUUCGGGUAGCCCGGUUCGCGUCGACGAGACACGGAUCUUCCACCAGCUCUUCAAGAGUGACAACCCUGCUGCUGCCGUGCCCGAUUUCACUGCGGAUAUCAAUCCUCACAGUUUGGAUAUCAUCAAGGGUGCACUGGUCGAAGUUGGCUUCUGGCAGCUUGCAAAGAAAGCCUAUAACGAUGCUAAGAAAGAAAGCAAAGCUAGGACCGAGAAAGCUCUCAAAGAGACUGCUGAGGCAUCUGCUAGUUCGCCCAUCGAGACUGCUUCCCAUGAGAAUGACGAUACCCCGAAGGCGACGAGCGAACAAUUGGUUGGAUUGGAGUGCAUCCGAUUCCAGGGCUUGCGAGUUGCGUACUUCGCCGUCGACAGGGAGUCGAAGCUUGGGUGUCUGAACGAGCCAGAUAGUGUGGAGCCCGAUAGACGGGAGGGCGACAAGCUCGUCCUUAACCGUAUUGUGAGUUUGAAGGAGGAUUCCGGUAAGGCAGCGUAAUAUAGUACAAUCUGGUUUCUGUAAACGUUGUAUGUACAGCUAUUAUACACGGGGAGAAAGUGUUCGUAGACCCC